CUGUCCCCCCUCCCUCCCCCCCUCCCGGCGGCGGGCAGGCGGCCUGGGCCCACGGCCUGUCCGCCGCCGUCGGCCGUGAGGCCCGCCUCUCCCCGUGCCCGUGGGUGUGUGGGGAAGGGGUGUGGGGGGCUGCCGCCCCUCUGCAGGGCCCUCUGUGGCGUCGCGCCCUCCGGCACCAGCCCCUGCUGCCGCUUGCCGCGCUGGCUUUGCGAUUUCUGCUCGUCCUCAUGGCACAGGUGGUGAUUCCUGCUGUGGUCUGGGAUGGAAGUUCUACGAUGCAGAUGAUUAUCACUCUCCAGAGAAUAAAAAGAAGAUGGCAGAAGGGAUGCCACUAAACGAUGAGGACAGGAUUCCUUGGCUUUGUGCAUUGCAUGAUAUACUAAGGAGAGAAGACUUAUCUGGGCAAGAUGCAAUUCUGGCCUGUUCUGCACUGAAGAAGAUGUAUAGGCAUGUAUUAGUUAGUGGAGCAUCUGCAAUUGAAAGCAACCAGCCAGAGCAACCGGGAGAAAAUGCAGCACUGAAGAUUCUCUUUGUUCAUUUGGAUGGGCCUACAGACAUCAUUGCUGGCCGCCUGGAGAAAAGGAGAGAACAUUUUAUGCCACCUGGACUUCUCAAGUCUCAGUUUGAUAUUCUGGAGCCUCCUAGUUCACCAGAACACUUCAUUACUGUCAAUCUAGAAAAAUCUCUCCCUGAAAUACUGCUGGAGAUUGAGCAUUUUUCAGGGUGAGGCUUUUCUGGAGUAAGUUUCUGAAUUUAACAUACAGAAAUUCCCUUAAGGAUAUCAAGGGUAGGGAAUUGAAACAGCAUUUUAAUUAUUAAAUUGAUUAUUACAUCAAAACAAGUUAUUUUUUUCCAAUAAUUAAAUGAAUUGCAAUGUUAAGAGCUGGUUUACUACUGUUGAUAUUUUUAUCAUGGCUCUGUAAAAGACAUACAAGAUGAAAUUUUCAAAAAACAACUUUUUUAACCCUUCACCAUACGAAGUUAAACCCCCCAUUUUAGGAAGACCCUUCUUUUGAAAAUGGUACUCAGCACCCCACAGCCACUUGCUCACUCCCCCCAGUGGGAUGGGGGAGAGAAUCUGAAGGGUAAGAGAAAACUCAUGGGUUGAGAAAAAACAGUUUAAUAGGUAAAGCAAAAGCCCCACAUGCAAGCAAAGCAGAACAAGGAGUUCAUUUGCUACUUCCCAUGGGCAGGCAGGUGUUCAGCCAUUUCCAGGAACGCAGGGCUCCAUCGUGCGUGACGGUUACUUGGGAAGACAAACGCCAUCGCUCUGAAAGUCCUCCCCUUCCUUCUUCCCCCAGCUUUAUAUUCUAAGCAUGAGGUCAUAUGGUGUGAGAUAUCCCUGGGGUCAGUUUGGGUCAGCUGUCCUUGCUGUGUCCCCUCCCAGUUUCUUGUGCACCCAGCAGAGCAUGGGGAGCUGAAAAGGCCUUGACUGGUGUAAGCGCUGCUCAGCAACAACUAAAACAACAGAGUGUUACCAACGUUAUACUAAAUCCAAAACACAGCACCACACCAGCUACUAGGAAGAAAAUUAACUCUCUCCCAGCCGAAACCAGGAUGUCUGCCAAGGGUGACAAUAAUUUGAUUUCUCCAUUUUAAUUUUUACUCUGUCAAAGAUGGAGAUGGGCACUACUUCUAUUAAGUGAUGAAAUAAUUUGCAGCUGUCUUAGAAGCAAUAUAUUUUUUUCUAGAAGUAUAAGAGGCAGGAACACACAUGACGAGGUUCUGUGCUUGACACUACCACUGUCUCACUGCCAGAUUUUCAACAAGGUGUAGCUUCUGUUUGUGUCCUUGCUAACCUCACCAGGGCACUGGUGCCUUCAUGAGAGCUUUCAUGAACUCUUUAUUAUAUGCAUCAAAAAAGCUGAAAAAAUGUGAGAAAAGGGGGAGGGAUGUGAGACUGUACAAAAUAUAAUUGUAUGGAAAGCUUUAGAACAGUAAACAACCUGAUCUGGGUGAAAAUGUCCCUGCUCACUGCAGGGGGGUUGGACAAGAUGACCUCUAAAGGUCCCUUCCAACCCAACCCAUUCUAUGAUUCUGUGAAAGUAUACGUGGCAUCUUACUGGCUCUGAACUCCCAUCAUUCAUGUUCAAAGCAUACCCACAGAAGUGCAGUGGAGAGAGAGUCAACCAGUGAUCUAAGAUACUGAAUACAAGAUUGACAGAACUUUCCUUCUUUUAGAAACACUUACUGUUUCACAGUUGGACCUUCUCCUUCACUUCCCUUUUCUGGUGUGCUUUACUCUUCCGUCUCAGCCAAUGUCCAGUCCAAUAUAUGCUUAUUGAUAGGUGUUUAUACAACUGCUUUAAAGCUUAAGAUUAAACUAUUUCAAAUACAGUUUUCACAUCUUUUUUUUUUUCUUUUGUGAUCAGAAAAUCCUAUCUAAUCAGUUACUUAGCUCACAGAAUUUAAGGUUAAAACCCUUUUAUAUUGCAUAAGGGUUUCUUUAAAAGUUCAUUAUGCCUUGUUACACAAGAGGUGCCUUUUUAGUUUAACAAUGAAAACUACAUAUAGUUUUUCUAAGAAAGAUUUGAGUCACGGCUGGAGUCAUCCCCAUGAGCCCAGUUGCACAUGGAUUAUUUUUAGUGUCUCAUGCAACUUUUUAUUUCUAGAAUGAUGGAUGAACUCCUGUAGAAGCAAAACUCAUGUUUAGCAGCAUCUCUCUGCCAUUUUUCACCUGGAUAACUAGUUUAAAAACAUUUGGUUUGGUUCUCAUUUUGUAUGAGUAGCAAGGACUUUGCAGUUUACUAGACAAACUACUGUGCUUAAAUCAGUGCAAUAAAUGGUCAUUAUCUGACUGAAAGCAGCCAAUUUUAGAUACAGAUUUGGGAUUGUAGACAUUACACACCCGGUCAGAAGUGGUCCUUUCCUGUUUGUUCAUGACCUGGAGGGAGAAUACCAGUCAGUUACCUGUUCUAGUCUGCUGCUGUAUGCUACAGCAGCACUAGAAAAAAAUGCUUGGUCUCAGUUCAGAGCCUGUGUCUUCUGAGAGCCAGUGUGCCAGCUUAAGACUCAGAGACAAAGUUAAGUGCAAGAGCCAGGCAUGUCUGGCUGGUUCUUAACACCCUCACAUUUCAGAGACUAGGCACCUCUACAGACCAAGUGGCUCAUCAGAACCGUAGAAGUGAGUUUGGUAGCUAAGAAAAUCGAAGAAAUGGCACCCUCUUGUGGUACCUCUGCUUUUAAAGAAGUCUUCAUAUUUUUCCAAUACACCGUUUUACAAAGAGCUUUCCUAAUAUACCCACUAUUAAGUAGAGAUUUACACCGACUUUUUUUCAGCCACAAUAAAACUAGAUCAGGUCACUGUACAGUGAUGGGAAAGCAGCUCCAUCCUAUCACUAACAAAUGAUCAGACCUUCAAAUUAAAAACAGUAUUAGGCAACAUUCUCACGUGUGAGUGCCAAAAAGGUUAGACUCCAAUUUUCAGAUCUGUUCGCCAGCGUGUAUAACAUGCUUACAGAGUGGCUGGCACUAACAGAAAAUUGUACUCAACACCUAAAAUCCAUUUUCUCUUAGGGAAGGCUGUGUAAGCACCUUGGGUGUUGGAAGCCUUUUCUAAACAAAAUAGUAUGUUCUUACUUACAGGCAGUUCAUGCUUCUGCAAAUUAGGUCCAGGUAUUCCUCACUCUUUGAUCCAAUGACAGGAAUAUUUCUUUCCCGUAACCUUUCAAUAUAUUGGCUUUUUGCUUUUACUUAAAACAAAACAGUGUAUUUCCACAGUUCAAAUUAUGCUGACAGGAGAAUGAAGCCACCAUUUAAAUUAACAUGCCAUUAAUCUUGUGAAUGGCAGGUGCAGUUUUCACUACCAGAGUUCAGUACUUUAGUCUGUUACAUCCUAAUUAUCUGUGCUUGAAGGUUGUAAUUCCCACCUACAGCCUUCCAUUACCCUCACUAUUCUAGCCUCUGCAUUUACUAGAAAUUAUCAGCACCUAAAGUCAGUCGUAUUUUGCAGACCUAGUGUCCAUGAGAUCCUCCUGUUCCCAAGAAAGGGAAGCUGGCAGUACAUGGAUGAACACAGCAAGCUGUUAAAAAUACACCAGUUGUUUUUCAGAAUGCUGAUCUGAAAAUAAUGCCAAGCAUCUGUGCUUCUCUCUCAGAAUCUCAGGAGAGGAGGGAGUUUGCCUCUACCUUGCUCCAUCUCAGAAGGGGAUAGAUAUAGCCAGAAAAACUGCAGAAUCUGCCCCUCACAACAAAAAAGUAGAAACCAAGAAGCCAUUAGUUUCACUGGAAAGUGAGGGUUCAAUCUUCAGGAAUACAACUUCUUACAGACACUUUUCCUCUUAACUCUUCCUUUAGGAAAGGACAGUUGAAAGGCUCCUGGUAAACUUUUCAUUAGCUCCCUCUGGUGUUUGAUUUAUUUUCCCCAACACAGAACCAGGCUUGUGUACUUUGCUGGACAGAACUGUUAAAAUUUACUAUUAUUUCUUAAACUUCUGCCACAGUGCCGUGUCUCCGGACUUUACAAUGCUAAUUCCACGGGGGCUUGCAGGAGUGGUUGCUUUUUCCCCUCUACAGGGAAAGCCCACUUGGUUUCUGCCAGCCUGUUCACGUGUGGCUGCAGGAAUGCACAAAUUGCUUAAAAAGGAUAGCGACCUUGCAUUUCACAGGGCGAUCUGUGGAUGCCAGCUCCACAGUUCGAGACAGUUCCAGAUACUGUGUAGAAGGUUGUUGUCAACUUAGGUAGUUAAAUAGUCUGUUCCUGGUAGUCUGAAGGACAACAAAGCAUUACUUGUGUUCACUUAUAUCCUGUGCAUCACAAAUUAAAAGAUUAAGAUGUCAGUCAUCCAAAUGCAAGCCACAUACAAACCCUCUCUGAUUUUAAUGAUGAUGUGCAUUUGUACAGUGGAAGGAAAAGAUCACAGAACAAUCCCUGUACAUAAGUUUCAUUUACCUGCCCAAACACAACCCUACAACAUUUCAUUUACUUAGGUGUUUUGUUGGUUUGGUUUUUGGUUUGGUUUUUUUUCUUUUUUAAAUGAAGUUAACACUGUAUCAGGGAUGUUGUAUCUAGGUUAGUUGCAAUUCAGAUUAGUUGGGCAUCUUAUUUAUAUUUAGCUCAGGUUAUUUGGAUGCAAGUUUUCUGUCCAUAUUUUGAAAUACAUUUAGCAAAGGCAGCAAAAAUGAACGAGGAAACAUCCAGAGUUAGAAACUGCUUUUCCUGUCUCUGCCAUGAGCACAAGUUAUCUGUGGAAGGUACAUGCACUAUACCUCCUCAAAAACAUGUGCUAAGCACAGGUCAUAACAUGCUGUGUGGAUACUGUACCUACUACAGCAUAAGUAUUUUGCAAUGCUACAGUGAGGAAAUAAAAAUGAAAUGUUAGAUCCAACAGCAGUAUCCGUUCAUAUAUUAAACUACUCCCAGGAAUGAUAGUUGUCUUAAACAUCACAGGUUACCUACACAAGCAAAGGAACAGACCCAGCCGCCUGCCAGGUCAGCUCUAUGUUGAGGUGGUUAUUUUAUUAUGCAGGCACUGAACCAAGAGGCGUAGGCAGACCCCCAUCCUUUACAAAACUAGCCACCUUGCUGUCACGUUCCCAAUAGCACUCUAACAGCAUUUGAUUUCAAUAUAUUUGCAUUUUAAAUCUUUUUAAAGGCACCUGUCAGUUCACACUACCACGACCUCCAGCUUUUUUCUUUCUGUAGCAGUUACUUUCUCUAGCAGCAGUUUGAUGAUCAGGCAAGGCAGUUGUGUAGACAAUCCUAUGAGAUCAUUUGGUCCAGUGUAGGGGAAGAGAAGAAAGUAGGAAAAUAAAGAGACAACCUUCACGCACACAUGCCCUUCUUCUGGUCCAAGAGGCAAGCAGCAGUUUUCAAAUACAAGUUGACAAAGUGCUCGGAGUUAACUAUAAGAUUGCUUCUGAAAGAAGAGGUGUAUGGGAGUAUGGUACUUCUGAAGAAAUAAUUUUGAAAGGGGGCAACGAGUACAGGGGCAGGGGACACAAAGAGGAACAGUGUAAUAUGCUAUUAAACCAGUAAGUGUGAUCUUUCUUUUAUUGUUAAAGAUGUAAUAAAAAGUCUACCCUACUUA